AUGAUUCAAAAGAAAUUUGAUAAAAAUGAUUCUUUUUACUAUGCCCCAGCAGCUUUUGGAUUAUUUCAUUAUAAAGAUGCUGCUAUUAUUGGAGCUAUUCUUGGAAUAAGUACUCUUGCAAUUACUGGUUUAACAUUUUAUUUUUUACAAAAUACUUAUCAUAUAACUGGAAUUUUAACAACUAUCACAGCUUUUGUGGUAAUUGUAUCAUUUAUUAUAACAACUAUACUUAUGGUUAUUGGUAUUGUAAAAGAAAAGCCUAGCUUAAUGUGGCCACAAAUGACAAUAUUACAAUUUGAAAAUAUUUCACUCUUUAUACUUGGAACUUUUUCAAUCAUUUCUAUGGCAUGUGGAACCACAGCAACAAAAUUUCUUUUUGGAUUUCUUGUUAAUGUACCUGAAAUAGAAAAUCAUUUAGGACCAAUAUGGCCUUUUAACAUAGCAGCAGCAUCUUUUGUAGGAUGUUUACUUUGUAUUUGGUUUCAGGUUCUCCUACGUGGAGCAUAUGAUUAUCUUUUGGAUAAAGAAUUUUUUGAAGGUAUUGAAAAGAUAGAAUUAAAAUAA